CCUCGACCAAACACGGUGGCUCCAGCACACUUGCGGGGCGUGGCCCGGGGCUGCAAAGCCAUUGGAACUAGCAAAGCCGAACAAGUUGCAGCCGCCGAGCAGCCGGCGCUCCCCGCCUCCUCCUCCUCUCCUCCUCCUCCUUCUAAUCCUUGCCUGGCCGCCGACGUCGCCGCCACCCCGAGGCCUCGCGACCGCCGAGCCCGCAGCCCACGCCACGGCCGACAUGAGCUUCUUGUUUGGUAGUCGCUCUUCUAAAACGUUUAAACCAAAGAAGAACAUACCAGAAGGUUCUCACCAGUAUGAGCUCUUAAAGCAUGCAGAGGCCACACUGGGCAGUGGAAACCUCCGGAUGGCUGUCAUGCUUCCUGAGGGGGAAGAUCUAAAUGAGUGGGUUGCAGUGAACACUGUAGAUUUCUUCAAUCAGAUCAACAUGCUUUAUGGAACAAUCACAGAUUUUUGUACAGAAGAAAGUUGUCCAGUGAUGUCAGCUGGCCCAAAAUAUGAAUAUCAUUGGGCAGAUGGAACAAACAUAAAGAAGCCUAUUAAGUGCUCUGCACCAAAGUACAUUGAUUACCUGAUGACUUGGGUUCAGGACCAGUUGGAUGAUGAGACAUUAUUUCCAUCAAAAAUUGGUGUCCCGUUUCCGAAGAAUUUCAUGUCUGUGGCAAAAACUAUACUCAAACGCCUCUUUAGGGUUUAUGCCCACAUUUAUCAUCAGCAUUUUGACCCUGUGAUCCAGCUGCAGGAGGAAGCACAUCUCAAUACAUCUUUCAAGCACUUUAUUUUUUUUGUCCAGGAAUUCAACCUUAUUGACAGAAGAGAACUUGCACCACUCCAGGAACUGAUUGAAAAACUCACCUCAAAGGACAGAUAAAAGGAUGCAGAUGUGUGCAAAUUAUUCCUCAAAUGAAGCUGUGUGGAGUGAAUUUGGAUUUUGUUUUAUUUUAUUUUUAUCUUGGUUGUUUUUAUGUUAGGUUUGGGGGGCUUGUUUGGGUUCCUUUUUCUUUAUCCUGAAUAAAUGAAACCAUAUACUAUGGCUAGAGGAAGGCAAAAACCAUUCUGUAUUCAGUUGAUAGGGGUAAAUUUUGUCUUAGUGGCAUACAGUAUUUUUUUUACUUGGGGAAUUUUUGAUAAUAUAUGUUGAAAGAAAUGCUUAUUGAUUGGACUGCUGAUGGAUGGGGGUUCUCCAUUGUGUAAAUUGUGGUUGAUCUUUGAAGUCCCCAAAAGUCUUAUGUUUUCAAGUGCCUUGGCAGGCUCAUUUCUGAGGUGCAAAGCACAGACAUAGAACUGAACAGGGCUUGAAACAAUAUUAGGAUUACUACCCAGGGCACUUACUGAUGCAUGUUUCAAAAUACCUAUUGAUAAAAGCCAUAGUUUACCUAAAUUGGUGAUCUCCAGCUUUUACUACAUUAAAGAAACACAGUUUGUAAAGGUGUGCAUGUAGAGCAUAAAAAAUUAGUAUUUCUUAAUUAUUUUUGAUAUUGAUAGUAAUUCUGUUCAACAGAUGAUUAAAGUUCUACAAGCAGGUCUUUUCCAUCUCUUGAUAUCUGUGAUAUUGAAACUUGAAGAUGUUGAAAUGUAAUACCGAUUACAUUUUGGCUUCUUUCUACAUGUUAACUGCACUGUAGGUGUAAAAAUUCAGGUUAUAUAUAGGUUUGCCAUCUUCAGAGAUGAUGCUGAACUGUGAGGUUUCUUAGCAAUUGCCAAAUGAGCCAUAAAUCUGCAGAAUCCCCUUCUACUUUGAAGAGGAGGUGAUAGGAGUGUGUGUUUGUUUGCAGGGGGUUAGUUUGAAUGGUGCGUUAUAGAUGGGAUUAAGUACAGGGAGUCAAGUUCAAGAAAGUCCUUUCUCAAAACUCUUGAAUAGAAUGGCAUGAAUAUUUUAAUCAAUAUCUUGUAAGCAAAGUCUUAGAGACUUCCUUUUAGGAAUCAACUUCCAUGAGAAGUUAAACAUAAAUGACUAAUUUUAGAUAUAGACAUAAACAUGGAAUUUAAGGACUGUUUGGGGAAAUUGAUCACUUUACAGCAUUUCCAUUCAGUGAAUGGAGCUGGUGUUUGUCAUUUUAAAAUGAUACAGUACCUUCUUUACUUGUUAUAGGCCCAACUUGAAGCAUUCUGACUUCUGAUUUUUCCACUGUGAAAGGAAAUCUUUCUUUGCAGUGAUAUCAGAUAAUGAAAGUGCUAAAGUAGUAGUUAUUAACUUUUACAUUUUUUUUGCUAUGACUUUCUAGUCAACUAUUCCCAUAAGUAAAAAGUUCAGAAACUUA